AUGACCUUGUCCUCCGGUGGCGGCGGCUCCAGCCUGCCGCGACGCUCAGAUUCUCCCGCAAACAGCUUCUAUGCCGUGACGGAUGACGAUGAGGGCGCAUAUGAUACGAUCACGCAUACAGAAACGGGGAAAGGCGUGAAACUGCUCUUCUCGAAAAGCAAGGUCUAUGUGCAUCCAUCGCCGUCAUCCAAGGACAAUAUCCCCGGUUAUAUCGCCUUGCUCCAGCAAAAACCCGCCGCUACAGUUACUUCAUCCACCGAGGGCUCCAGCCCGUCCGCGGCCGAUCUGCUACUCGCAUGGGUCCCCGAAUCCUCCCUCGGCGACUCGGCGAGCAUAUACGUUAAGGUCGAUCUUUCCGAUGGCAACUCACCACCCCGGCAAUCCUACCUCGUCCCGCCCCCGCCAACCGUAACAUCUCACAGCGGAUCUGUCGGGGCCUACUCCUUCGCCGUGCCCGUCAGCGCCAUCUACUCGCUGCUGGUGCGGCCACCCAGCGUCGGAUGGUGGCACGGCUCCGUCAUCAUCAACACCAAGGCCGGCGGCAGCUUCCCCGCGCUAUUCUUCCACGACAAUGAAUGCCAGAGUACGAUCCAGCAAAAGAAGCGGAUGACAAGGGAUACAUUCGACCCCUUCAGCGAGGCUGGCAAGAUGUUCUGGGGCGCGGACGAGGUGCUGCGCUGGCUGCGGCGCUAUGUCAGGAUCGAAAAGUCUGCGGCUGAACCCAACAUUUACCUCGUCGAGCCGACUAAGGAUGACUUGAACGCGUUUGGCUCCAUCCCCACGACGGUAAGCAAGGGCAAAGGCGCGCCAGCCAACCGCGACGCCGAGAUGGAUCCGUUUGUCAAGUUCGUCAAGGAGACGGGCUGGAACAUCAUGGAGAAGUUCAGCCAGGUGACGACUUUUACGCGCCGAGCUGCGCAAGAUUUGGCUGAGAAUCCGAACAUGCCACCGCAGGUCAAAAAGCUCCUUAGAAACAGCGACGUGCAAAACCUUCAGGACGAGUACGACAGCGCGAGGAUAUACCUCGCCCGCUGGGCCAUGGGCAUCGCGGAACAGAGCGAACGCGACAGGAAACAAAAGAUGUACACCGUCAAGGAUGUUCUCGAGCUCGAGGACACGGAUGUCGGCGAGUUUGAGCUUCUCGAUGCUGCCAACUCACUCUCCCUCGAGGAGCGCCGCAAGCCCGUCACCAUGACGGAGUGGAAGACCUUCUUCGACCCCGAGACUGGCCGGCUCAUCAAGACGACUGACGAAGUCAAGGAGCGCAUCUUCCACGGCGGGCUGGACGCUGACGAUGGCGUCCGUAAGGAGGCCUGGCUCUUCCUGCUCGGCGUGCAUGAGUGGUACAGCACGGCGGACGAGCGCCGGGCCCAGGUCGCGUCCCUCCGCGAUGCCUACUAUCAGCUCAAGCACGCCUGGUGGGAGCGACUAGACGGGCACGGCGGCGAGGGCGAGACGGGCGAGUGGUGGCGCGAACAGCGUGGGCGCAUCGAAAAGGAUGUACACCGGACCGACCGCCACGUCCCCAUCUUUGCCGGAGAGGAUACGCCCCAUCCGGACCCGGACUCACCAUUUGCCGACGUCGGCACCAACGUCCACCUCGAGCAGCUCAAGGAGAUGCUGCUCACGUACAACGAGUACAACAAGGAUCUGGGCUACGUCCAGGGCAUGUCCGACCUGCUCGCGCCCAUUUACGCUGUCGUCCAGGACGACGCGAUUGCUUUCUGGGCCUUUAAAGAGUUUAUGGGCCGCAUGGAGCGCAACUUCUUGCGCGAUCAGUCGGGCAUGCGCGCGCAGCUGCUCGCGCUCGACCAGCUCGUCAACUUUAUGGACCCCAAGCUGUGGAACCACCUGCAAAAGGCGGACAGCACCAACUUCUUCUUCUUUUUCCGCAUGCUCCUAGUGUGGUACAAGCGUGAGUUCCCCUGGCUCGAUAUCCUGAGCUUGUGGGAGCGUCUAUGGACCGACUUCCUGAGCGCUGAGUUUCACAUCUUUGUCGCACUCGCCAUCCUGGAAAAGCACCGCGACGUCAUCAUGGAGCACCUCCAAGCCUUUGACGAGGUUCUUAAGUACAUUAAUGAACUUUCCGGGACAAUGGACCUGGACUCCACGCUCAUUCGCGCUGAGGCGCUCUUCCGCAAGUACCAGCGCGCCGUCGAAGCCAUUGACAAGAAGGACAACUUCCCAGGUCCGCGACCAUCGUCGGGGUCUGCCGCUUCCGAGUCGUCGCCCGGCACGUCGUCAGGUCCCGCAGCCAAGGGCAAGGGCACCGAGGCGCCCGCGCCCAAGGUCAUUACGCCCGAGUUGCGCAAGCUCCUGAGCAGAAAAGUGCAGAUCCUACCUCGCAAAACGGUGGCACAAAAAGGAGACGGCAUGCCUGGCAAGUGA